CAGCCCGAGUCAAGCUGCAAGCAGACUGAAGGUAAAUUGUAGUUAACAUUCAAACAGUACAUCAGUAUUGUCCACACACAUUUAACAUCUAACAUUGCGAACAACUGGAGCCUUUGUAGAGUGAAUCACCGCCACGUGUCGCCACUUACACGGGUAUACUAGUAUAUGUAGGUCGUUUUUGACAUUACAGAACAUAGCUUGUUAUGUCAGUGCCCAUGUCAGGGUGAUCAAGAACUGAUAUCAGUGAACAGCCUCACUUCAGGGAAGGACAAAACUUCACUUGUUUGAAGAUUUAGUUGAAGGAGAUUAAGAUCACGAUGCGUGUCUUUAUUAGUUUGGUCUGGCUGACAAUGUUAAGCAACGUUCAGUCCGUGCCGGCGUGGUACAAUGCCCAGAGAGACGCAAUAUUGUCUACAGAAAGGCUGCAGUCCAUUGGGUCGACGCUGACCCUCUCCUCUGAUGAGGAAGCUGUCAACAGUAUAAUAUUCAGGACCAAACAGAUGGAUAUCAACGGCGCCAUCAACGACGACAGCAACUACAUUCCAGCGGUCCACUUCUUCCAAGGUAGAAAGCGGAUGGAACAAAGCAAGGUAUUCGAGAUUAUACAACAAAUGCCUAAAGGUGCGGCUCUACAUCUACAUUACGGCUCAAUUACAAGCAACGACUGGCUGGUGAAGAACGUCACGUAUCGUCCCAACUGUUAUAUGUGUGUGAAGCAGAACGUUAUCACACUGACCGGGUUUUAUUUGACACCUCCUGUAGAUAAAGAUUGCAGAUGGCUUGAGAUUUCAGCUGAACGUGCCAAGAGCAGGGAUAUUGCCAUGUUCGAUCAGCGGCUAUACAACAAUCUAACUCUAACAGUAGAUAACCCGGAAGUUGUCUACCCAAGCAUCAACGUCAUCUGGAAGCGACUUCAGCAGUAUUUCCAAACAGUUCAGGGACUCUUCCUUCACUCGCCUGUACUGAAGGAUGCACUCUACGAGACUCUGAAGGAGUUCCACGAGGACGGCGUGCAGUACUUAGAGACCCGCAUUGGCCUGAUAAAGCCAUAUGAACUAAACGGGACAACUCAUGAUUUCACGUGGACCGUGGAGACUUUCCGUGACGUUGUCAACGAGUUUAAACAAGAUUAUCAGGAUUUUUCUGGCGCCAAAUUGAUCAUUGCUGGACGGAAGACUGGCAAUACCAGCGCCAUACUAGAAGAAGUCAAAGCCACUAUGGAUCUGGUUGAACAAUUUCCAGACGUUGUCCUUGGAUACGACCUAAUGGAACAGGAAGACGUCAAACACACUUUGCUAUAUUACAUAUCUGAGCUGCUUUACCCAAGAACUCAAAAGAGUAAUCUCCCCUACUUCUUCCAUGCAGGAGAAACAGAAUGGCUUCAUAUCCACGGCAAUAACCUCAUCGAUGCCAUCCUCCUCAAAACAGAAAGGAUCGGACAUGGCUUCGCUAUUCCUAAACAUCCAGAGGUGAUGAGACUAAUUAAGAAGAGAAAUAUUCCGAUAGAGGUCAAUCCUAUCUCCAACCAGGUAUUGAAGCUCGUCUCCGAUUUGAGGAACCAUCCGGCGGCCAUCUUGAUCUCCCAGGAUUUCCCAGUGUGCAUCAGUUCGGAUAACCCGGCGCCGUGGGAGGCCCUUCCGCUGUCACAUGACUUCUACAUGGCGUACAUGGCUCUAGCUGCGCCAGAUGAUGACCUGAGGUUUCUCAAACAGAUCGCCAUGAACUCAAUCAAGUUCAGCAAAAUGACGAACCGGGAGAAAGCUUCAGCACUUCAGCAAUGGGAAACGAAGUGGAAAUCUUUCAUCAAACGCGUCAAGGACGCGAAUACCAUUGUUUAUGUUGGAUAACAUGACUGCAGCAGUGUUACCACUUGUCGGAUCAUGGGGUUAUUGUGUGUCAUGUCAUGGUUUUUUCUUGUGUCACGUCAUUUUGUUAACAUUCGUCAUGCCAUAGUGUUACCUUGUGUCGUAUCAUUGUGUUACAUGUCAUAGUUUUACCUGUGUCGUGUCAUAGUUUUACCUGUGUCGUGUCAUAGUUUUACUUGUGUCGUGUCAUAGUUUCACCUGUGUCGUGUCAUAAUGUUACCUGUGUCGUAUCAUUGUAUUACCUGUGUCGUGUCAUAGUUUUACCUGUGUCAUGUCAGAGUUUUACUUGUGUCGUGUCAUAGUUUCACCUGUGUCGUGUCAUAAUGUUACCUGUGUCGUAUCAUUGUAUUACCUGUGUCGUGUCAUAGUUUUACCUGUGUCGUGUCAUAGUUUUACCUGUGUCGUG